CGCGCCCGGAGAAGGCCAGCCGGGCAGGGCUAUAUGUACUCCCUAGGCUGAGAAACGUGACUGGAUGCUGGGUGGAAACAGAAAUCGGGGCCCUUUCCGUGAGACCCAGUUUGGCUCAGAGUGCAAAUGAUAACGCCACACGAGGAAGUCUUUUAUUCCACGCCAUCACCUUUGGGACAUCCAGUCCCAGACAAGGGCUGGCCUUUCCUUCCCCCCUGAAUCCGGCUGGGCAUGAGGAAGAGACAACAUUGCUGAACCGAGCCCUCCCAGCCUUGUGCCUUAGUCACAGCUGUUUCUAACCCUCUUCCCCCGAUCUCUUUGGGAAGUGGGCAGCAUCUUCAGCUCCCUGGAGACCUUCUUGCCUUGUGUAGUCAUGGAGCCCGGCCUUCUAACUGCACCACUCGUACUUCUGUGCCUCUUGCUACAUGAUGUGGCUUCCCAGAACUUUGCCAAGAAACCAAAAGAACAACAGAUGGAGCACACACUCCUGAUCAAUGAAGUCAAUGCAGAUAAUCCAAGGGAAGACACCUCUGAAUAUUUGGAACUGUAUCACACCAGUGGCCAAAGGACCAGUUUGGAUGGCUACUCUGUGGUCUUCUACAAUGGCAAAGGCAACAAAGCCUACAAAGUCAAGGACCUGAAGGGUCUUUACACUGACAACCAGGGUUUCCUCCUUAUUGGAUCCUCUACUGUGGUCCCACAGCCAGCAGUGAUCCUUCCAAAGAACACAAUCCAGAAUGGGCCGGAUGCUAUUGCUCUCUAUUAUGGGAGGGCAGACUUGUGCGAGACCAUGGAACUCACGAAGGAAGGACUUGUGGAUGCUUUGGUCCACAAGUCCAAGGCGAGUGACCAAGCAGAUGAGCUGGUCAGAGUCCUGACCCCGGGUGUGGAGCCCUUCCUGGAAGAUCCUCUUUUCAGAACCGUGGAUGAGUCGCUGGAGAGGUGCCAAAGGUCAGACUCUUCUCAGUGGUUUUUCCAAGUGGGUGCACCUACCCCUGGCUUGGAUAAUCACUGUAUUCCCUUUGCACAACUGAAUGCCUCCGUUGUGUUAAUCAAUGAGUUCAAGGUGGCAUCUGCCCCUGAUGAGUUUGAGUUCAUAGAGCUGCAAGGCCUUCCUUCAACUCAGGUGAAGGACCUGCUACUGGUGUUGAUUGAAGGAGCGACUCAAAGGGUUUACUUCACCAUGGAGGUGCAGGGCGAGACGUCUCCUGAUGGGCUGCUUCUCCUUGGCACGAACCAGUCCAGCAUCCCAGUUGAUGUGCCGUUUCCCCAGAAUUUCAGCAGGCCCCUCAGCCGGCCAGGUGCCAAUGCCAUUGCGCUCUAUCAAGGGUCCAGCAGCAGCUUUGCUCUGGGGGCCACCGUUUCAGCAGUGAGCCCUCUGGAUGCCCUGGUUUACACAACAGUGGAAGGCACCGAUUCAAAGCUGCGGGACAUUUUGACGCCUGGGAAACCCCUCUUCCAUGUGAGAGAGCGAUACCAGCAGAACAAUACAUCGGUGAGCCGGUGUGCCUGCUGCGCGAUCACCCGCGAUUCCUCCGCCUACGCCCUUGGGAAGGCCACGCCUCGGCAAUUCAACGAUUGCCCCAAGAAGCGCUUCAGUCAAGACAUUUCCUUGUGCCUUCAAGUGGCAGAUUGCCAGCAAGAGGUCCCGGAUACAAGCAUGAUUCAGGCGUCUUUGUCCCAGGUCCUGGAUAAGCAGUGCCGUUGCGGAGUGUCCCCUGCCUAUUUCAAAGGUCCGGCUGUGUCCUGCAAUGGCUCCACACUGGCAUUCACUGCCCUCUUGGCAGCCGGGUCAGCGGAGCAGCUCCGCAGCCUGCUGCGGGCCUUUUCCUCCGCCGUGGAGAGCGAGGAGAGGAUGAGCUUCGGAAGAUGGAACAAGACAGUGGUGAAGGCUUGUGCCAGCGAUGUGAACGGGACAGAAAUGCCUCCAGGACUGACGUCGGAGCCGCCAGGGACAACCAGCACGCCUCCGGCUUCCCCGGUGGAGCUUCUCAUCAAUGAAGUGAACCCAGACAACCCGGGCUCGCGGGAGGACACAGAGUUCGUCGAGCUCUUCUACCCUGGGCCAGCCCCGUUCGCCAUGCGAGGCCACUGGCUGGUGUUCUACAACGGCAAGAACAACUUGGCUUACAAGGUGGUGGACCUGUCGAACUACAGCACCGACAGCCGGGGCUAUUUCCUGGUGGGCAGCGCGGGGGUGACGCCCAGGCCCUCCAUCCUGCUGCCUGACAACCUCAUCCAGAACGGGGCAGAAGCCGUGGCGCUGUAUCGUGGCCUGGAAGGGGCCUACAAGGUGAACAUGCCCCUGACUCCCAUGGGGCUGGUGGACGCUGUGGUGUACAAGGCCCGGGGCUCAGAGAGCGCCAGCCGGCUGCUGGCCGUCCUCACCCCGGGCCAGGACGUCCUGUACGAGAACAACUCCCACAGCAGCGACGACGAGUCUCUCAGCCGAUGCCUCGGCCUGAGGCCCAGGGACCAGGGCAGCUUCCAGAUGACGGAAAUAACACCUUUCUCCAGAAACGCUUGUCCGCCUCUCGGCUCGAAUGCCACCGAAGAAGCGCCCUGGCAGCGUUCCGUGGCAAUCAAUGAGCUGGACCUGGCCAGCAGCAGCGUGGUGCACCGGUUCAUCGAGCUGAAGGGGAAGCCCGGGGCCAGCCUGGAGGGCUACAGCCUGGUCUUCCUCGCGGAGCACAGUGCCACACCGUAUGCGGACAUCCAGCUGGAGGGCACGUUUGGGAGCAACGGCCUGUUUCUCCUCUUAGCAGAAGGCCAGCCCAAGCCCGACGAGGCCCACGAGCAAACGGUGAUCCCUUCGUGGAGCAAUCCCCACCCUCAGCAGGGGAUCUGGAGUGUUGAGCUGUUUGGCCCUGGAAGGCCAUCCCAGAGCAAUGUCAUGGAUGCUGUGCAGGCCCUCGAGGAUGCCGUGGUCUACACGUGGGAGCCUGCCGUGAGCACAAACCCGCCUUUCCCUGGGCCGAUUCACUUUGUAUCCCGGAAAGGGGAAAAGCCGGUGUCCUUGAGCCGCUGUCCUUCCUGCACGGAAACCUUUGCGCUCUCUGACCCCACGCCUGGCUUGGAGAACCGCUGCCCCCAGAAGUCUCUUUCCCUGGACCUUGAAAUAUGCCUGCUAACCCCCAACUGUUCCUUGUGGCCUUGGAGCUCCCGGGCACUGGCUUACCUCCAGCGAGAGUUGGCAACCUAUGCGGAAGAGACCUGCUCGUGUGGCUUCUCUCUGUGCCAUCUCCAAGGGCUUAAUUUUACCUGUGUCAAUUCCACUCUGAAACUCUCUGGCCAGGUGUGGCCUCGGUCGCCUGAGCAUAAGCAGUUGCUUGUCCGGUGGCAAUCUGCCUUCUCUGUGAGUCCUCGCCUAUUUUCUGUGGAUGGGAGACCUCUGAAAGCGGCCGCCUGCUCACCUCCUGGCAUAACAGCACUGAGUUCUGGAGCUUCAUUUCCAGCUUGGCAGAUUGCUCUCAUCAUCACUGGAUCCAUCCUGCUUUUGCUGCUGUUACCCGUUGCAGGUUUUUACUGGAUCAGAAGGCGACCUCAGUAUUACACCAACAUCGAGCUGAACGACCGCUACGAGAUUAUGGCAGACAUCUGAGGCGGUGGGAACGAUUGCCUGGAAGAGGGCUGUUUCUGGAGCUGAUCAGGAACAGCGAGUCCACCCCAAAAGAACUGCACAGCAUUUGCACAGAUGAAUCCGGAAUGCAGCGCGGCACCUUUACAAAGCCCGAGGGCUAUUUAGGGUGUCCAGACAUGGCUGUACCAGAAGGCAGAUUGGGGUGGGUGGGUUGGGCGGCAGGCUUGACUGGCCGUGUGGAGGGACCCUCUGGACCACCAGUGUGUUUUGAGUGGCCUGCUCUUCCUGCCCAGGAUAGCCAGCUGCCUCAGGAACAGAGGCUGAACGCUUCUCCAUCACCAGGCUCAGAGGAAGGGUUGGCAGCCCAUUCCCGCGUCUUCUGCAGCUGGGAUGAAGGGGUGUGUCUGGGAGCUGCCAUCUUGCACCUGCUUCGCGUGCACAAGUUGCUGGGUUGAUUCCCAUCCUCACCAGGUAGGGCUAGAAAGGAAUGCCUGCAGAGCAGCUGCCCGUGAGAGUCGACUGGACUGGGCUGGAUGGACCCACAGUCUGACUCGGGUGGCAGCAGCUGCCUUGCCCUCAUCUCGGGCAGCCCCGGUUUUGCAUGCUGAGAGUCCUGGGUUCCAUCCUUUCUGUUGUUACUUAGAGCCUCUGGCCUGGGGACCAAAUCCCGCCCGUCCUCUACAGAUCUCUGCGGCUGCUAGACAGUGAUGUCCCCUGCCCCUAUUCCCUAAUUCUGUUCCUAAGCAGGAUCCCUUGACAGCUCUCCUGCUUUUGUCUCUUCUCUUCCCCAUUCGAAAAGGCUGAAAUGCCUCUCCUGGGGCUUAGUGACUGGCAGGAGGAGCAUUCGGCUAAAAUACGGUGACCGUUUUGCCAUUCUGGCCACACAACCUUCACCUUUGACCCCAGCCCAGUUUGUUGCUGCCCCCCAAGAGCUUCCCCUACCUGGAAAUCGGCUCCAAGGCUGAAAGAAGUCCAGCAUCCCUAGUUUAGAAGGAAGAGGGAGUAGAAGAUGAGGAGGGUUCCUCUUUCCAGAGACCCUGGAGAACUUACGCCUUUGAAACAUGAUAUUGGGCGCGAUGGGAAGCAAUGUGAUUUGGCGCACGGCGGUCCCUUCCAUCCCCUCCCACAGGCCCCACACCUGAGCCAAAGGUGCAGGGCAUCCCGGUCUAGCAUCUCAUUCUUCCCCAGAUUUAAUCUAAAGAUGAGUUUGGGCACUUGUGUGAUACCCAGCAAGAAAUGUACACCGGGGGGGGGGGUGUCCAACUUUAGCUCUUCCUUCUGAAGUGGGGGACUUUAUUUCUUGCCUGCCUUGCAUCAAAGUUUUCUGCUGGUAGUUGCUUUUUAAAUUCUGUUUCGGGCCCAGGGGCCUUACGGGGGUCCUAAUGCUAAUUUGGGGGUUCCUGGAAGUUCAUACCCAUUUUCCCUGGCUGCUAGCAGUUUGCUGAUCUCCCGGCUUAUGCAUUUUUCUCCCCAAUCCAAGGGCUUCUAUGAGGGUUUAACUCGCUGCUCUCCUGAGGCUUGCAGGAGGGAAAAUGCGGGGUGGUUAUUUCUCUGCCUUCCUCUGUAUUCUGUUAAUCCAGUGGCACUGUGGUCAUCUGCUCUAACUGCAGUAUGGCAGUUCUGCAAGUUUUGCGGAGGAUUUGUUCCAGUUUGAAAUUGAAAUACCAGACUUUUCUCACCUUUGAAAGAAAGAGAGAGAGAGAAUGACUGGAAAGCACAGAAAGGGCUCUGGAGGAUGAUACUAUCAUGGAAAGGGCUUGCAAAUGCCCAUGAGUAUACAAUUAAUACUUGAUGCAGGGGAGCCCUUAAAGGUUGAGGCCUUAAAGGCUUCUUCUAAGAAGUCGUUGCUAGCAGUAGGAGCUCUAAGCUAAAAUAUGCUACUGUUUUUGGAAUGUUUGGUUCUGCCCACUCUUGGAAUGUACCCCCAGCAGCUGUUUCAAAACAGGAAGUUCCCCGUUGCCUCUGAUAAAACUGUGGUUUGCUGCCAGAGUUCAAUGGCAAACAACUACAGAGCCUCCGAAAAGCCAUAGUUAGCUCUGCAGCUCUUUGUUGCUGAAUCUCUGAGGGUAAACCAGCGAUUUCCUUUGCCUGCAGUGUAGGAAGGCAUCUUGCAGGGGGUGGAAAAUUUCCAGGCACCUCUGCAGUUUUCUGUUCCUGAAAUAAAGGGUGCUUCUAGAACUCGUA